CUCUGAUCAAACUGAACACCGAGAGCAUCCUUUGCCGAGUCUCAAAAAAAAAAAAAAACUGAACACCUAGAGCAUCCUUUUGGACUCAGCAGCUUUCUCUUUUGCAUACAGCCUCUUCUGAUUCCUUUCUUCGAUGUCAUCUUACUUGCGCAUCUGAUCAAACUGAACAUUAUCCCCCGGCAUACUUUCUUGGCCUCUACAUUGAAUUAUCGAUCAAGUUCGAGCAUGCGUCGUCCAAUGUCGUCUGUCUUUCCAGUGGCCAGCCAUAAGUGCGUGCCCCAAGUGCGUCUGCCAUUCUUCUAGUUCUUCAUGCGCCUGCCUACGUGAGUUGACUGCCACUUACCACCAAUACUCUUCAGAAUCUACCUGAUGGAGGGCGAGUCUGCGGAGGCUAGUUCCAGAAGCUGGGUGGUGGAUAUGGAGAGGUUUCUCGAGCAAACCGACCCGUCUACGGAGAUGGUGCGGUGGACGAAGGCUUCCAUCUACCGGGUGCCGGAGCGCAUCAAGAACCUGACGAACCGCGACGCCUACCGGCCGCUGUUGGUGUCGCUGGGGCCCUUCCACCACGGCGACCCUGCACUGCUGCCCAUGGAGGAGCACAAGCGCCGGGCGUUGCUGCACCUGGUGAAGCGGGCUAGGAGGCCACUGGGGGAGUUCGUCGCCGCCGUGGAGGAGGUGGUGGAUCAGCUGCUGGACACCUACGAUAACCUGGACGAGCGGUGGCGCGGGGUGGACCGGCACCGUUUCGUGGAGGUGAUGCUCACGGACGGAUGCUUCUUGCUGGAGAUGAUGAGGACGCGCGAGCAUGUGCUCAAGGGCGAAGAACUGGAUGAUUAUGCGCCUAACGACCCCGUCUUCAGCAUCCACGGCUUUUAUUUUCUGCGUCCGGAGAUCCAGUCCGACAUGAUCCUGAUGGAAAACCAGCUUCCUCUGCUAGUUUUGCAGAGGAUUUCAGUUGUCCAGCGCGGCAUAUCAUCGCCGAGCGCUAACGACAUCAACGAAAUGGUACUCCAUUUUCUGGAUUGCCUGCUGCUCGACGAAGACAAUGAUGAACUCGGUCUCCACCCCUUGGACUUGUUUCACAAAAGCUUCCGUGACCUGCAACCAGUCCUUAGCAGAUUGGACAAGGUUGCUGAGGUCACCGUGCCAUCUGCUGUGGAGCUCAGUGAGGCAGGGGUCCAUUUCAAGAAGAGUAGUGCUAAAAGCGUAUGCGACAUCGAAUUCGAAAAUGGUGUGCUAAGAAUGCCAUUGAUCAGGGUCUAUGAUGAAACCGAGAAAAUCUACCUCAACAUCAUGGCAUUUGAGCGGCUAUACAUGUACGCCGGGAACGAUGUGACCGACUAUCUAAUCUUCAUGGACAACAUGAUCAACUCCGAAAGAGACGUGGCACUGCUAAGGUCCAAAGGGCUCAUCAAAAGCGGGCUGGGCAGUGACAAUGAUGUGGUGCAGCUCUUCAACUCCCUAUCCAAGGGAGCAGUGAUGAGCCCGUUCUGCAAACUGCUCGAUGUGCAAAAGAAGAUGAAUGACCACUGCAGGAAGCCAUUCAACAAGUGGCAGGCGACCUUCAAACACACCUACCUAAGCAACCCUUGGGUGUUCAUCUCACUUGUCGCCGCUGUUGUUCUGCUUGUCGCCACCCUGAUGCAAACCAUAUAUACUGUUGUACCGUUCUACACAAAGAAAUAGCUAGCCUGCCAGCAAAUUAAUUGACCAUAUGAAAUGUUGCUAAUGGGAAUUUGCAUGAUCUAUGAACAGAGUAAUGAAUUUCCUUUAUGUUUAUUACAAGUGUGAAAUUAUAGCAUAUUUGUAUUUUUAGGCUUUCCAAUGAGAUUAUGAAAGUGUUGUCCUAUUUAAAUUUGUUGUUAUUUAAAAUGACCUUUGUGACUAUCUUAGUUGCAUUCUGGCACUUGCAAGCAUAUGAUAGUUGCAGUUUUAUCCUUGAGAUGUACAAAGUUGUCAAAGCAUUUGUAUAUCAGUUUUAGUUCUUGUAAGAUCACAUAGGUUUUUCUUAUGUCAUUUUUCUAGUUUGUGUAGCCAUACUUGUGAUUUUGGUGGUCAAUGACAACAUAUUUAAUGUAACUAACAUGUUUGUCAAAAAUACGCUUAGUAGGUUCCGAUGUAAUGCAUGAAGAAGCCACCGACUCUAGAACGGCAAAGAUUGGAUUGAAAUGGACGAAGUACUAGAGAUUAUACAUGCCAGAUGGCCCAACAAUGGAGGAGUUGCAAAUGCCACGCGGAUAGUUUGGUGACCGAAGGGUGUACAUGAUAGAGCAUUAAAUAGUGCGUUCUGGUGGUUCGGUGAUGGAUAUUAUACAGAUCGGAAGAUUCGUUGCAAUUUUCUCUAGAAUGUUUCAAACUUUGAG